UGGCAGUGUGGGGAUAGGGUGCCAUUUCCACUAUAACAAACAACCACGACGAUAAACGAAAUGGUGUAGUGGACUUCCAGUAAAUGCAUGUCAAACAAAACUUUUUAUUCAAAAACAAACACGGCAUCGCUAGUAAUUCAUAGAACAAUUCAGCGUUUAUCGUGCUUGUCUGUCGUAAAUUAAGUACAUACACUUCAUUGUCUCCGUGCUCGUUCUGAAAUACCACCACCAUCGAUCAACGUAUUUUCCAUAUACUGGUAACAGUGAUAUUUUAGUUGCAGUCAAUUGAUUAGCAAAUUGAAUCGUACUAGGACUACUACACUCUUUCUUUCUUCGUGUGAUCGGAAUGUUAUUUGGUGUGACAUUGGACAGCAAUGAAAAUUGAAGAAUUAAUUAUUGACGGUUUCAAGUCGUACGCCGUUCGAACCGUAAUCUCAGGAUGGGACAGCCAAUUUAAUGCGAUUACGGGUCUUAAUGGAUCCGGCAAAAGUAAUAUUCUGGAUGCAAUCUGUUUUGUGUUAGGAAUUACCAAUAUGCACACAGUCCGGGCACAGAACUUGCAGGACCUUAUAUAUAAGCGUGGUCAGGCCGGCAUUACCAGGGCGAGUGUCACCAUUGUUUUCGAUAAUCGGGACACUUCAAAAUCUCCUAUUGGCUUUGAGAUGUAUCCUCAAGUGAGUGUUACUCGUCAGAUUCUUAUGGGAGGAACGAGUAAGUAUCUUAUUAAUGGACAUCGGGCUUUACAACAAACUGUUCAAAAUCUCUUUCAAUCCGUGCAGCUGAAUAUCAACAACCCCAACUUUCUGAUUAUGCAAGGCCGUAUCACUAAAGUGCUAAACAUGCGUCCAACAGAAAUUCUCGCUAUGAUAGAAGAGGCGGCAGGCACACGAAUGUUCGAGGAGCGAAAGGAAAAAGCUUUUCGUACGAUGCAGCGAAAGGAACACAAAGUUGAUGAAAUCAAUACUUUGCUUCGUGAGGAAAUCGAACCCAAACUGUCAAAGCUUCGUGCAGAAAAGAAAACAUUUCUUGAAUAUCAACACGUGUAUAACGAUCUUGAAAGACUAAGCCGUUUGAUUGUUGCUUAUGACUACACUAAUUUGCAAAACAAGAUGCAGUCCCUAUCUGCUUCCCAGGAAAAGCGUGAAACUGCUUUUCAGCAAGAGGAAAUUAAGAUCAAUAACCUCCAACAGGAAAUUCAUGAUUUGAAAGAGAAAAUUACCGAGCUUGAUGACAAUAAAGAAAGCGAACUCCGCCUAACUGGUGGUAUUAUGAAGAUGGAGUCUCUCUUAGACGAGAUUCUACAGGAUGUUGCACGUAUUUCCGCAUCCAUUAAAAUGAAGCAGACGUCCUAUGAAGAGGAAACGAAUUCACUGGCACAGCUUCAAACAGAAUCUCACCAUUUAAGCAAAAAUCUUGCGGAAGUUCGGGAAAAGCACUCAACUGCACUCGAGGAGUAUAAUCAGAAAAAGCGUGCAUUCGAAAAAUUACAAGCUAAGACUUCCUCCCAAGAAGAAUUGGUUUCUUCGCUUACCACUGGUCUUUCAUCAAAAGAGGGUCAAGAAUUUGGCUAUGCUAGACAGUUGGAAGAGUCGCGAACACAACUGAACUCACUGGUUGCACAACGUGAAACCGCUCGUUUGAAGUUUAAUGAAGCCAAGACAACUAUGUCAUCCUUAGCACCCAAAUUGGAUGGAGCAAAAGAGGCACUGGCUGCUAUCCACGAUAGAAUCACGGCUGAAGAAAGAGAAGUGGAACAACUUCGAUCUCAGUUAUCCAACAACGGUUUGGAUCAAAACAACGUAGAAACAAAACGGCGUGAAUUUGACGCGUUACAACGAGAUAUACAACACGCAAAUAAUGAGCUUGAAGGUUUAAGGGGGAAACUUGCACAUCUCGAAUUUCAUUACGCCGAUCCUGUUCCAAAUUUUGAUCGCUCAAAAGUGCGUGGACUUGUUGCACAACUUUUCACUUUAGGCGAACAUAAUUAUGACAAAGCUACUGCUCUAGAGGUUGCUGCUGGCGGUCGCUUAUUUAACGUCGUUGUUGAAAACGAGCAAGUCGGCACGCAACUGUUGCGAAACGGUAGGUUGCGCAAGCGUGUCACGAUCAUUCCAUUAAACAAAAUCUCUUCCUUCGUUGCAGCAGCAGAGAAGGUGAGCACCGCGAAAAGAUUGACCCCAGAUAAAGUACAUUUGGCUCUGGAACUCAUUGGUUUUGAAGAGGAACUACUUCCGGCAAUGCGUUAUGUUUUUGGGUCAACGUUAAUCUGUGAUGGUCCUGAAACAGCGAAGACAGUUACGUUUAAUCCGUCUGUACAUCUUAAAAGUGUCACUUAUGAUGGUGAUGUUUAUGACCCCUCUGGUUUUCUGACUGGUGGUUCCUCUACCAAUUCAUCUGGUCUUCUAAAGCAAAUUCAACGUUACAAUGAGUUAACAAAAUUCGUUCAUGAAAAGUCAAAGAUUGCCAAUUCUCUUCUCGAUGAAAUCCGACGCGAAGAUGCCUCAAGCAGGCAGUAUAAUAAUUUUCAAAAAGAACUCGUUCUACGGGAACAUCAGCUGGAAUUGUCUAAAGAACAAUUGAAGACAGAUUCUUCUGUGCGGUUAUUAGAGACGUACAAAAAUGCUGAGGAACAACAUCAAUCUUUAAAGCUUGAUAUCGAUCGUUUAAAUGUUGAAAUUAACGAGCAAGAGGUUGCUGUUAAAAAAAUUGAGGAGGACAUGGAAGGUUUAAAAACAAACAGAGGUUCGAAAAUCAAGGAAUUGGAGCAAGAAUUACUUGCUUAUAAGCAGUCAAUGAACACGAUGUCCUCUGAACUAAAAAUUACCCAAAAGAACUAUCAAAAGUAUCAACUAAGUCUUGAACAAAUCGAGGCUGAACUUGACAAGAAUAACCAAAAACGAUCAGAUUUAGAACAAAAUGUGGAUCGUUUACGCUCCGAAUUGUCGCAAGCUAACGACAGUUUGGGAGAGCUUGAAGGAAAAAAGGAGCGGCUCCUUGUUUCUAUAACAAAAGAGAAAGAGAAAUUUGCAAUGAUGGAUCAACGCACUCGUGAUAUGCAACAGCUGGUAAAGGAGAAAACAGAAAUUAUCAAUGCAUUACGUCUAAAGCUUCAGCAAAUGCAAUACGAAAAUGAACGACUGGAGCGUGAGCGUGGUGUUGCUAAAGUGGCUUUAGAACAGUUAUUGCGCGAUAAUGACUGGAUUGAAGAUCAAAAACAGUACUUUGGAAGGGCUGAUACAGUGUUUGAUUUUACUAAUCAGAAUAUAAAACAAUCACGCUCGCAAUUACAGUCUCUUAAAGAGCGGCAUAGCGCCAUGCGGAAAACGGUGAACUCUAAAGUAAUGAACAUGAUUGAUGGAGUUGAGAAGAAAGAAGAAAGACUCCGCACAAUGAUCCGCACAAUUCAUCGUGAUAAAUUAAAAAUUCAGGAAACCGUGAAAAGCUUAGAUCAAUUCAAACGAAGUGCGCUAGAAAAAACGUGGACUGAAGUUAAUAGUUCCUUUGGUGAUAUUUUUGACGAGUUGCUUCCUGGCAACACCGCGAAAUUAUUGCCCCCCGAAGGAAAGGAUAUCACGCAAGGACUAGAAAUUCAUGUUCGGAUUGGUUCUAUCUGGAAAAGCAGUUUAGCUGAACUCAGCGGUGGUCAAAGGUCUCUCGUCGCGUUAGCAUUAAUUAUGUCUUUACUUCGUUAUAAACCUGCACCAAUGUAUAUCCUGGAUGAGGUGGAUGCAGCUUUGGAUCUAAGUCACACCCAAAACAUUGGAAGUUUGAUUAAGUCGAAAUUCAGAGGUUCACAAUUUAUUGUUGUCAGUUUAAAAGAAGGCAUGUUCACUAACGCCAAUCGUUUAUUCCAUGUCCGUUUCUUAGAUGGUUCUUCAGUUGUACAAGCAAAAUAAUACCCUACUACAUGACUUGAGUCAAAAUUGUAAUUAAUAGUUUGUAAUUUACUCUCAAUUCAGUACGUCUUCAUUUGAAUUUAUGUAAACGUGUGGCGUUUAUGAAAAUAACUGAUACUUUACAGUCGUUAUAGUGAAGACAACAUGCGUUUUGUCCCAGUCCUUUUUAUCUACAUCGUUAUGCCUAAAUGGGUUAUCAGAAAAGCUAUAUUAAAAGUGUUAACAUUUUAUUUUUCUCAAAUAGCUAUAUGAAUGGGCAAAAGUGAACCGUAUGCCGUAUGACAAGGAUUAAACGGAGCCUUUACGUGUACAGAAAUUCACACAUAAAUUGAAUGCAUCUACGAUGUCAGACACUCGAUUCCCGCGGACUAUCUAUGUAAUUUUGAAACCAGUCCGUUUUCGAGUUUCCUGGCAAAGCAGAAGCAAAACACCAGCUUAUGCGCUUACAAAGAAAACAGUCAUAAGAAACGAAAUCUCAAACCUUAGGAAAUGUGGAUGUGAUAGUCUAUAGUGACAUUUUACGGAAUUGUGAAGUGGUAAUGAAUUCCCCAAAACCAAAAAAAAAGCGAAGAAAAAACCAGUGAGGCUCGGCGAAACAACGUAAUGUGCAAUACGAAGCUAUAUCACAACAUUAUGCAAAUGUAGUUCACUCAAAGCAUUAUGCGGGAAAAAAAACAAUUUCCGCUGCGCGUCACUCGCAAGUGUCAGAGUAGCGCGACAUUAAAAAGUGAUUUUAUGGCAUACCUUUUAUAGAAACGACCAAAUAGAUAACCGCACAUACUUGAACAAAAGCAAGAAACAAACUUGCGGAGUAAUCAUAACAAUUUCGUAUACGAAGGUUUAAAUCAGUCACUUACUGCUGUAGCGAAGCCUUCACUUCAGCUGCUGUGAAAGCUUCACCCUUGCGUUGCAGAUUAUCAAGGCAUGAUGUACGAAUACCACGAUUGGCAACACCACCAAUACCAAACGCAGGAAGGAUACGAAGCAUACGAGCAAAGAUACUUUUCAUCAGGUUUUUACGAACCUCAAGCAUUCUUGCCGUCAAGUUCAGAUUUUCUGGGCGGUUGUAGAUAUCGAGGGACAAGAGAUGAAGAGGAGUACUGACAAACUGAACAGCACAUGGAGUCAACAUUUGAGCAGUGACUAAUCCACCUGGCAAGUAGGGAGCAAUAAGAGGAGGGAGAUUGAAAGAACAAGCAACAGUCAACGCAUCACGUAGACCGUAGAGAGCAUAGCAUUUUCCGGGAAGUGCAUGGGGUGUACCCUUUCCCCAGAACUUUGUGAAGAAACUGUCCUUCAGAAUACUCAGACCACUGUUCGUGGCGGUAACUGUUGAAAACUUCACAAAGCCGCCGGUCUCCACCUUAUACACAGGAUUCCUCGUCUUGAUGUUCUCAUAUGUAUCAAGGGAAUUAGCGGCAAUGUAAGUUCCAAAAUACAAGCUGAAAACAAGAGCGUAAGGCGCACUGCAGAUGAAAGAAACUGGGCGACGAAGUAUCUGCGCGACCGAGUGACCGAUGGAACGUAGCAGAGUGCUCCGACCACUUGUAUUUUCAACAAUAGAACGAUCAAUGGUAAGAAUGAAGGGUGUGAUCAUAGCACUAGCAGCACCUGCAGCCAGUACAUCAAUACCGAAACGCUUGGUCGUCUCCUUUUUUGGACGACGUUCAUUGGAAGCAACGAGAGCAACGGCAGACAUGGCGAAAACGAAAGAGAAAGAAAUAUGACUUAAAAAUUGGGAAAAAAUCGAAGCAAAGCACUUGAGAGCCAGAUACUGGACGAUGUAGCUUCACCUUUAACAGAGAUUCUGUGUGCAAAGAGAGGAAGGGUGAGAAUGGAAUUGCCAAACACCAACUUAUAAAUAACGAACUGAAAAACAAGCCAAAAAGGGUGAUAGUCUUACUCCGUGGAUUUGAGAGGGGAAAGACCUAAUUAAACAGGUGGUAGAGACGCAAUAUGUGCAGUGAAAGUAGAGCAAUUAGAAAGUCCGGCUUUUUACCGAUAACGCGGGAAAUACGACUAACCUCUAAUACGUCUGGCGUAUGGGGAAGAUUGGUAGACACUUCAAACGAAGAUUGAGAAACAAACGAAAGGAACAAAAAAAAAAGGAGAACACGGGAGAGUGUGAUAACAAAAGACUCUGUACACCUUAAUUCAAGUAUAUGUCUUUGCCGAUUCUGAGUCGGGUUUUGAUAUCAAAUAUCUCUGCGAGACGUAAACUUCGUCUCGUACUAUCACAAAUCAGACGUCCUUAAUUCGACGACCAAGUAGCUUUCACCGAAAGUUCAGCGAGUCGCGUGCAGGUAAUUGAUAGGUACAAACAAUAGCUAGCGAGUCGACCGACGGACGAGCCUUGCUAAAUAGUCUGUUUGGUCCUGAGUGUUUGU